AUGGGGCCCCCGGGCAAUAGGGGAUCAUGGGGCCCCUGUGUCCUUGCCCAAACUCAAAAGCCUAUAAAAAAGGUACCAGGGACAUCUCAUGGGGCCCCCUACUGACCCCAGGCCCUCGGGCAGUGCCUGAGUUCCCCAAUGGUCAGUCCGCCCCUGCUAGGGACGCCACUGCAUCCUUAAUAUGAGUAACAUAACAUGUUACGCAAGGUGAACUUAUCCUUUAAAGCUAAAGUACUGUAUUAUUAUCAAUGACAAUCCAAUUUCAGAUUUCUUUAGGCUCACCGUAAACAUUAAAAUCGAAGCAUACAAUCUUUGUACAAUCAACUUUAGCCUUAUCAAAACGAUAUACAAUG